UCUAAAGUUGCCGUUCCGCAAACCCGUACGUGGCAGUUACAGGCAGUACUACACACAGCAGCGGAGGCUAGUGCGGCUCUUCACCUGCAACAUUUCGCUCAGACAGCCCGACAUCCUGCAGGAUAUUUUGACGACAGAACUUUUUUUUUUUUUUUUUACAGUUUCACAUUCACUAACUAUCAUUUGACAAACAUGUUUACAGCGUCGGAGCUGGUCGUCUUGCUGGCUGUCCUGUCUGCCACUGCGUCCGGUUAUUUCGUUAGCAUAGACGCGCAUGCUGAAGAGUGCUUCUACGAGCGGGUCAACUCCGGCACUAAGAUGGGCCUCAUGUUCGAGGUGGCCGAAGGAGGCUUUCUAGACAUCGAUGUAGAGAUAACUGGCCCUGAUGGUAAGCAAAUCUACAAAGGGGACAGAGAAUCCAGUGGGAAAUAUUCGGUGGCUGCACACAUGGAUGGAACCUAUAAGUUCUGCUUCAGCAACAAGAUGUCAACCAUGACUCCCAAGAUUGUCAUGUUCACCAUCGAUAUUGGAGAGGCACCAAAAGGCCAAGACAUGGAGACGGAAGCCCAUCAAAACAAGCUGGAGGAGAUGAUCAACGAGCUGGCGGUUGCUAUGACAGCCGUAAAGCAUGAGCAAGAGUACAUGGAGGUCCGCGAGAGGAUACACAGAGCAAUCAACGACAACACAAACAGCAGAGUGGUCCUGUGGUCCUUCUUUGAAGCUCUGGUGCUGGUGGCCAUGACACUCGGACAGAUUUACUACCUGAAGAGAUUUUUUGAAGUGCGACGAGUGGUGUAGAGCCAUUUUAAAUGAUCCCUGUGUGUCCUCCACUGUUUUCACUAACACCAAGACAGUUUACACUCUGGACAUGAGACUGGCCGUUUUGAGUAAAGCCUGCAUAUGAUUGGAUCACAGAUGUUUCUCCUAUUUCCUGUUUGGUUCCUUCUUUAUAAAUGUAUUUUUGGAACAGAUGGCCAAAAGAUUCUGCCAUAGAUGUCUGUCUUUAGUCCUUUUUUUAUUUGUUUAACAUAUUUUUAUUGUCCAGGUAUAUUUGUUUGAUAAUCAUAGUUAAGUACCUGUUGUUUGCACGAGCAGAUGACUGGGAAGCUUUUGAUUUUCAGUAAUUGUAGUUUGAUUGGAAAGACUUAAAAAAUCUACAGAAAUGGAAGAGCAUGUGUGGAGUCACCAGACAAUGUUGCUCUUGCCAAUGUUUAAAUGGAAACCAUUUUAAAUGGUAAAGAUGCAUCUCAUAAUCAUAGAUGCAGAGGGUUGUGUUUCCAGUGUGGAAGCCACUGUCCACUGCCCAUCGCGUUGAUGCUCAAACAACAAAUUGCACUCCUGAUGUAAACAUCUAAAUAUCUGAAGGAUUAACGUUGCAGCUGGUCUUAAAGGGAAACUGUCUGAUAGCAGUUUGGGCUUCAGGGGCUUCAAUGGACAUUUCCAGGGAGAUGUUGUGGCUCACUCCCCAUUUAGUUCAGAAAAUCGGAACAAGACUAAAAGUUGACAUUGAUUUGAUCUUCAAACAGUUAAAAAUCUGAAGCGAUGUGCAGAGGCAUACUGUAUAACGUUACAUGUUGAUUAAGGCUGGCUGGGAGGGGCAGAGGCAAGGGGGAGGGGGGGUGUGACACCUGAUGACUGCUGUGUGCUUAUUUGCUUCUUUAAUUGUUUUGUCCGGGUCAGGGGUUUUAAAUUAUACGAUUGUAUACAGUUUUGACUUUGUUUUUUUCUGGAGCGUGCCUGGUAAGGUGCAGCUGCUGCAAGGCAGUCACUUCACACCAAGCUCAUGGCAGUGAACACUGUGAGGAGUUGCAUGUCACCAAACAUGCUCCAGUUUUGUAUUAAACAGGUUUGGUGGGCUCGGGCAGGAAACCUGUCUCCGGUCUCCUUUUUUUGUGAUCACAAGAAACAAAGCUAAACAAGUCUGUACAAAGGUCGAAUGCUUGUCUGUGAAAAUGCCCCAGGUUUCAUAAUAAAGACAAUACUCUGUACAGUUA